AUGUGCAAAAUUUUAAGCAAUAGCAUACUCAAUGGUAUAGGCAAUAGUGAACUCAAUAGCAUAUUCAAUAGUAUAUGCAAUAGUAUAACCAAUAGUAUACUCAAUGCUACACGCAGUAGUAUACUCAAUGGCAUAGGCAAUAGCACACUCAUUAAUAUGUGCAAUAUUAUAAGCAGUAGCGGACUCAAUGGUAUAGGCAAUAGUGUACUCAAUAGCAUAUUCAAUAGUAUAUGCAAUAGUAUAACCAAUAGUAUUCUCAAUGGUAUACGCAAUAGUAUACUUAAUGACAUAGGCAAUAGUAUAUUCAAUAGAAAUACUACCAAGCACUUCAAAAUCAUCAAAGUUGAUGAUUAUAAUGACAGUCUUUAA